AUGCUUUGCUCAACAAAGCUUGUCGCGUCGGUGGUUUUGGCUGGCGUAGUCGCCUCCCAGCAUGCUAUCACAGCUAAUGGAGGCAACUUCACACUCACCGGAGAUGAUUCUUCGUACCUAUUCCACGUCAACACUGAAAAUGGCGAUUUGAUAUCGGACCACUUUGGCGCCCCGGUAACAGAUUUCAUUCCGCCAGCAUACAUCCUCCCCUGGGGUUGGCAUGAUAGCAGGGCCAACGACCGGCGCGAAUUCCCAGAUGUUGGGAGAAGCGAUAUCCGUUUGCCCGCAAUUCAUAUCGAACACUCGGACGGAGACACUGUGUCAGCGUUUCUCUACCAAAGCCAUGAGAUCGUUCCCGGGAAGCCGUCCAUAGCUGGAUUCCCGGCAACGUACGGUGGUGAUGCGGAUGUGACAACCUUGCAGGUUCAGCUUUAUGAUAACGUUUCUGCUGUUGGGGCCGUACUCUCGUACUCGAUCUUCCCCAAGUACAACGCCGUUGCCAGGAGCUUCAAACUUACCAAUAACGGUACCGGUGACAUCGUUGUGGAGAGAGCUGCGUCUUUCAGUUUUGAUUUUCCUAAUCUUGACUUUGAAGUUAUCGAGCCUCACGGCGAUUGGUAUCAUGAGUUCAAUACGGUCCGACGCAAGGUGGAUUAUGGAGAGACCAGCUUCCGCUCAACUGAAGGCUACGCCGGACACACACACAAUCCCUUCUAUGCGCUUGUGUCUCCCAGCACAACAGAGAGCGGUGGCGAAGCAUGGGGCUUCAACCUAAUCUGGUCGGGGUCCUUUGAAGCAACCAUCGAGAAGGCCUCCAACGGCUAUGUACGAGCUUUGCUCGGCCUCAAUCCGCUCCAUACAAGCAUUCGCGUUGCUCCUGGUGGCACCUUUCAAAGCCCGGAAGCCGUGGCUGUCUACAGCUCCUCUGGAAUCGGCGGAGUCUCCCGCGCGUAUCAUGAUCUUUACAGAAACCAUCUGUCUAGGCACAAGGCUACUCACGAGACUCGGCCGAUCUUGCUGAAUAGUUGGGAAGGAUUGAGUUUCAACAUCAACGACACAGCUAUCGUCGAUCUUGCCGGGCAGGCAGCGGACCUUGGUAUCGAACUCCUCGUAGUAGACGACGGUUGGUUUGGUAGAUCCUAUCCUCGCAACAACGACAGCUUGGGGCUGGGCGACUGGACUCCCAACCCAGUCAAAUUCCCACAGGGGCUCGGUCCUCCCAUCGAUCAGAUUAUUCGGAUCGACGUGGCAAACGCAACUACAAAUGCCAGCACCAACUCACCGAUGAAGUUCGGAAUCUGGGUUGAGCCGGAGAUGGUGAAUUUGAAUUCGACCCUAUACAAUGAGCAUCCCGAUUGGGUAUUGCACGCCGGCAAACAUGCAAGAACUCUGACUCGCAAUCAGUUCGUCUUGAACGUUGGACUGCCUGAGGUACAGGACUUCAUCAUCGAGACGCUCUCCAAUCUUCUUGACUCGGGAAGCGUGAGAUACAUCAAGUGGGAUAACAACCGAGGGAUGCAUGAGCUCGCUCGUCCGUCUGACACGUACCAGUACAUUCUGGGUCUUUAUCAUGUAAUCGACACCUUGACGACGAAAUACCCUGACGUCUUGUGGGAGGGGUGUGCCUCCGGCGGAGGUCGAUUCGAUGCUGGUCUCCUCCACUACUGGCCUCAGCACUGGACUUCCGACAACACAGACGCAGCAGACCGGCUUCAAAUCCAACUCGGCACUUCGCUCGUCUACCCGCCCUCCGCCAUGGGCUGCCACAUCGCAAAGUCCCCCAACGGCGUGACCGGAAGAGCGACCAGCUUCACUUACAGGGGCCACGUAGCCAUGAUGUGCGGCAGCUUCGGCCUGGAACUAAACCCACACGAGCUCUCCGAGGAAGAAACCGCAGCGCUCCCAGCAAUCAUGGCAGAAGCGCACCGCAUAAACCCGAUAGUCAUCUCAGGCCACUUCUACCGUCUCGCAGGCCCGCAAGCUAGCAACUGGCCAGCCGUGCAGUUUGUGAGCGCGGACGGGAACGAGGCCGUCGUGAUUGCCUUCCAGCAACAGUACACGACCAAGCCUGCCGCGCCACCUCUGAGACUGCAAGGCUUGGACCCAAAGGCCAGGUACUUCAACAGCUUGGACAACGGGACGUACAGCGGUGCUACGUAUGCGAAUGCGGGGAUCAACGCUGGCUGGGAUCGUGGCGUGUAUCAGAGCAAGCUGAUCUGGCUGGAGAAGCAGUGA